UUAAGGGCUUUGCUCCAGCACACAGCAGUCUACUGUAACUCACUCAUGUGAAUAACAGCUGUGGACAACACACUGUACUGUUCGUAGCCCCCCGUUGAGGAAGUUGUUUUCAACCACUGCCAAACAAGACCUCUUCCAGGACUUCCUUCACAACCGCCAUGAAGCCCGUCGGAGUACCACGGAGGCCGCGGCACAGGGACGCCGAGGCCGGUGGGGCCUCGUACCGGCGACAUGUGGACAGUGCGGAGGCUGAGCGGCACCGAAAGCGUAGGGAGGUCCAUUUGGCUUUUCGGGCUGAGCGCUAUCAACCGCUUGUUGAGGAGGAUGUGAAGGAGGAAAAGAAAACCAAGAAAGAGAAAUAUAAAAGAGUUAAGAAGAAUGUCGGCAAAGCGCUGCGCUCGACGUGGAAGUGCCUGAUGCUCGGCCUUUAUAAUUUUGCCCUGGGCUACUCCACGCCAGUGACAGCUGCCGCCACCUUUGUGCCGCACUUCACCCCGGGGAGAAACAGAAGCUGAAUGCCUCUUUUCUGUAUUUAGGUGUACAGUGAUAGACGUCCUAUCCAUUUUGAAUGGGAGAAACACUGCUAGUCCCUCACAGUUCAUAUAAUAUAAUCCUUGUGAAUUCAUACACUUUUAUUAUUGUUUUGACUCUGUUUCUUGAAAUAAUGUUCUAUGACCCACCAUAAUGACAAUUCUUCUGAAGUUCUUACCACCACACGCUUGUACAGUAGGUGGCAGUAUACACCUGAUAGUUGCUUGCAAUCUGCCAUAAAGCUAAAUUUUGGGGUUUUUGAGUUUGUUGAGCUUUUUAUUUUUUUUAUUUUUACGGUGCAGUCAAUUUUAUUGCUUGUUUUUUGCCAUUCUACAGUUUGAAAUAAAACUGAGCAGUC